CUUGUAUCGUUCUGAAAUUUGUGCCAUCUUUCCUUCUAGGUGCAGACACCACAGUUAGAAUAAUAUCGGGGGAUGAUGAGUUACAACUGCAGCUACCCUUUGGCUCACAAAGCAGGAUGUUCCUGCAAGAAUUGCGGAGAGUCUGUGACGAUUUGUUGAAAGAGGCUGUUGCUGGAGCCCCUCCACCACAGUUUCUCUGGCUAUCAAAGUACAAGCAAAAGAAGCGUUCAGAGUCCUUCCGAUCCCCGGAAAAGGAUUAUACAAAUGGAUUUGCCUUCUCAAAGAGCGACAAAGUGAAAAAGAUAGUCGGUGGUGAUUCUGAUCUGCUGUCAGUCGCUAACAAUGGUAAACAGAGAAGCAGCUACAAGGGUGAGGACACCUACAUUGUGCCAAACCAGGAAAAGCACAGUAAAGUGAGGGGUGAAAUAACCAAUAAUAUGGUCCGCACAUCCAGUCUAAUGGUUACCAACAAAUCUCAGAUCCUAGGGAUGCCUCAGUUCGGCUUACGAGACAACCUGAUCAAAAUUGAGUUGCUGAAACAAGAGGACACGUACACAUAUAUCAAACACUUCAGGUUUUUUGUCGGCACGUACAAUGUGAAUGGCCAGUCUCCCAGCGACGAUCUGAAACUUUGGCUCAACACUGACAGUGAACCGCCUGAUAUCUACUGUAUCGGCUUUCAGGAACUUGACCUAAGUAAAGAAGCCUUCUUUUUUAAUGAUACUCCAAAGGAAGAGGAGUGGUUUAAAGUUGUGUCCAAAAGUCUUCAUCCAAAGGCCAAAUAUGCAAAGAUCAAGCUUGUGCGACUGGUUGGAAUUAUGCUUGUACUAUACGUGAGGAAAGAACAUGCUGAACACAUCAGCGCGGUGGAGACCGAAACCGUAGGAACAGGGAUCAUGGGAAGAAUGGGAAACAAGGGUGGAGUGAGUAUAAGGUUUCAGUUUCAUAACUCCACUGUGUGCAUUGUUAACUCUCACCUGGCAGCUCAUAUUGAAGAGUGCGACCGACGUAACCAGGACUACAAAGAAAUCUGCACCAGAAUGCACUUUGUUCAGACCACCCUGACACAGCCACCGCUCACCAUUAUGAAGCACGAUGUGGUUCUGUGGCUUGGAGACUUGAACUACAGGAUAUGUUAUAAGGACGUAGAAAGCAUUAAACGGCUUAUAGAGCAGAAGGAUUAUGAGACGCUUCGCAAGUUUGACCAGCUGAAGAAACAGAUGGAAGAAGGCAGCAUAUUCAAAGGAUUCCAGGAAGGAGAAAUCCAUUUUCCUCCAACGUACAAGUAUGACACUGGCACUGACAACUGGGACACCAGUGAGAAAUGUCGAAUCCCGGCUUGGUGCGAUCGAAUCCUUUGGAAAGGCAAGAACGUGGAGCAGUUGGAGUAUCGCAGUCACAUGGCCCUGAAAACCAGCGAUCAUAAGCCCGUUAGCGCAGCAUUCCUGAUUGGGAUAAAAGUGGUCAAUGACGAAAAGUACAGAAAGACAUUUGAAGAGAUCGUUCGCUCAUUGGACAGAAUGGAGAAUGAAUGUAUUCCUUCGGUGUCGGUGUCCAAUACAGAGUUCCAUUUUGAGAAUGUGAAGUUUAUGCAGCUUCAGGUCCAAACGGUUACUGUGGAGAAUAAUGGACAGGUGCCUUGUCAGUUUGAAUUCAUCACCAAAUUGGACGAGCCUUCAUAUUGCAAACCUUGGCUCAGUGUUACCCCUGACAGGGGGAUUCUGCCUCAGGGAGGUACGAUAGAGAUCGAGUUAGAAGUUUAUGUGAAUAAAUCUACUGCCCUCAAGCUGAACACUCAGGAGGACAAAAUUGAGGAUAUUUUAAUUUUACAUCUGGACCGAGGGAAAGACUACUUCUUGGCCAUAUCUGGGAACUAUCGUCCGAGCAGCUUUGGAUCCUCCUUGCAAGCGCUCUGCCAGAUGAGGGAGCCAAUCCAAGACAUGCCGGCUGAAAGAAUACGAGAGUUGGAAGAAAUGCCAUUACGGUAUGAGGAGCUUGACCUUCUAACAGAGAAGCCACUUGAGAUCCCCAAAGAAAUCUGGAUGAUGGUGGAUCACCUGUAUCGGAAUGCUUCCCAGCAGGAAGACAUAUUCCAGCAGCCAGGACUGAGAUGUCAAUUCGAUGCGAUUCGAGAUUGCUUAGACACUGGAAUCCCGGAUUACCUGUCUGGCAGUAACCAUUCGAUAGCUGAAGCGUUGUUGCUUUUCCUGGACGCCCUUCCAGAGCCAGUCAUCUGCUACGACAUGUACUGGAAAUGCUUAGAGUGCAGCAGCAAUAACACUCAGUGCAAAGAGGUUGUCUCGAUGCUGCCUCCAUGCCACAGAAACGUAUUCAACUACAUAAUGGCUUUCCUUAGAGAGCUUCUGAAACACCAAGCCUCCAACAACCUUGACAUCACUACACUUGCGAGCAUCUUCGGAGCUUUGCUACUGAGGCCGCCUUCCUUUCAGAAUAGUAGCUACAACCUAUUUGAGAAUAAGAAGAAGGCACAGGAAUUCAUCGCACAGUUUCUUACAAAUGAGGAUUCAUAAGUUGAGCAAUUCCGACCCAUAGCGUUUUAUAUUUCUGGUGUUCAAUAAAAUUGUACAAUUUGAUUCAAGAUUAUUUUUAUAUAUGAAGACGACAAUUGCAGACGGUACCUUGGAAUAAUAACAAUAAUGCAAUUUUUUUUCCGUAUACAGAAAUUCUAAGCUACGACUUAUUUUGUACAAUAACGUUUUUCAUCAUUGUGCGAAACAAGCAUCAUUUCGGGUCGAGUGCCUUGGAAUGUUGUUCAAUUGCUGUUGCGUGUUGUAAUGCAUCAGGAUGGAAACUGACAGUUUCAUGUAAGUUUUCUAAACAGUGUAAUCGCACGGAGUGAGUAAACCUGUGCACUAAAGCAAUUGGUAAAUGAAGUAUUGUAUCGAUGUACCCCAUUUACCCUCUUCAGCCUCCUACCCUCCCUCUUCCC